GCUGCAGUAGGUGAGUUUUCAAGCAGACACCAUGUGCACUGGGAAGUGCUCCCUCUUCAUUGCGAUUACACUCUACCCUCUGGUUCUUCUGUCCAUCAUCUGCAACAUUUUGCUGUUCUUCCCUGGCUGGUCCACCCAGUAUGUCAAAGAAGGACACAUCACUGAUGAGGUGAAGUACAUGGGGGGAUUCAUCGGAGGUGGUGUUCUGGUGCUGAUCCCUGCACUGUACAUUCACUUGACUGGAGAACAAGGUUGCUGUGCAAAUCGCUUUGGGAUGUUCUUUUCCAUCAUAUUUGCGGCGGUGGGCGCUGCAGGAGCCGUGUACAGCUUCAUCGUGGCAAUGCUUGGCUUCUCUAAUGGACCUCUCUGCAAAACUGUCAACGGCAUUUGGGAAACCCCUCUUAAAGAAGGCAACCCGGAACAUUUGUUAAAACAUAUGUGGGACAAAUGCGAAGAGCCGAAAAACGUGAUUCAGUUCAACAUGGGUCUGUUCGUCACCCUGAUGGUGGCCAGCAUUCUGCAAGGGAUUCUUUGUGCCAGCCAAGUUAUCAACGGCCUCAUCGGAUGCAUCUGUGGAACCUGCAACAAAGAGUUUCAGCAACCAGCCAGCAUGUGUACUGGAAAGUGUUCCCUCUGCAUUGCAGUGACUCUGUAUCCUCUGGCUCUCAUAUCCAUCAUCUGCAACAUUGUGCUGUUAUUCCCUGAUGGGGACCUCAAAUACGUCCAAGAUAAACAUAUUACGGAUGAGGUGUAUUACAUGGGGGGAAUCGUUGGAGGAGGACUAUUGGUGCUGCUCCCUGCGCUUCACAUCCACCUGACUGGCAAACAGGGCUGCUGUGGAAAUCGCUGUGGGAUGUUCCUGUCUAUCUUGUUUGCUGCGGUUGGCGUUGCCGGCGCCCUGUACUGCUUCAUAGUGGCUGCCGUUGGCUUGACGAAUGGACCCUACUGUAAAGUGUUACUGGUUUGGACGCGGCCUUUCAAAGACCGUGAAGACAGUUACCUGGGCAAUAGUUCGAUCUGGAACACGUGCACGGAGCCUGAGAACAUCGUCGUGUUCAACAUUGGACUCUUCAGCACUCUGAUUGUGACCAGCGGCCUGGAGAUGAUACUCUGUGCUGUUCAGAUGAUCAACGGGCUCAUCGGCUGCCUGUGUGGGACCUGCAUGAGGAAGGAAACAGAGAUGAUCUGAAGUGCCUUAAACGAGCAGCAGCUGUGAGGUUGUGAUGGGCGCCCCCUGCUGUUCAGUUAAAAGCUGACAGCUAAGUAAAGGCUGCAGGGAGUAUUGCUCUGAAUGGAAUUUGUUUUUUGUUUUGUUUUUUAAAUUUUUUGCCUAUUUUAUGCUUCUUACAUUAUUAGCUCCAGUGAUCAUAGAUGCAGUAGAGCCUUCUAAAGGUUUAUUCUAAAAUACAAUGUUAUUAAAAUAAUAUUUUUUACUAUUGUUCUGUUUGGAAGAAAGGACUUAUUUUCUGCUCUAGUCCAGAUUCAACAUUUUAUCACUUAAACGAGGUAAACUCCUAAGAGGCAGAGAAUCUAACACAUUAACAUUCUGAGCUGUAUGACGGUUUGAUUUUAUCUGCAUGUGCAAAGGUGCUGCUUUAAAGAAUUCUGGAACACAUCAGUUAACCCUGCUCAAUGAACCAAGAUAAUCAUUUGGCUUAAAUUUCUUUUUAUUUUUACAUUUUAAUGUUUUACACACAAACCAGAACAACUGUGGUAAAAGAAAUAUUAUGUAUUUUUUUAGGCAGCUUUAAAACAUAUUUUUGUAAUUGCAAUUUGUCAAAUAAAGAAAUUGUAAAAUCUGA